UCUCUCUCUCUCUCUCUCUGCCAUUGCCAUGAACUUCCCCUAUAAACACCUACCAACUCCCCCUGCACCCUUUCUCUCUCUUUGAAAGACUUCUGAGGCCUUGAUCAAGCGAGAGGAGGGACCUUGUUCGCCUCCUGUGGAGUUACGAUCGGUUGCUGAGGUACUUUUGUUGCAGAUCUCCCGGUUUUCCUGAGCACCAAAGGUGCCACCUUCUCCUCUCUUUUCCCGUGAGAUCGCCCCCUCUAUUGUGCUUCUUUGAGUUCGAUUCCAAUUGCUUGUGGUCGUCGAGUUGUGAAGAUUCUGCCGUUCGGGUUGUUUCCCCUAUUGUGCUUGUUUGUGGUGAAAACCUCAGGGUUCUCCUGGUGGGCUUGUCGUUUCCGGCGUCAUUUUCAGGAGAAGUGGGGCGGCGUUUGAAGUGAGAUUGAUGAGCGUGAAUUAGGGUUUUUCUGGUUCCGAGCUCAGAUUUCUCGUUUGUUCUUUGAAUCGGGUUGUCUUGUUAGGUAAGAAGAAGUUCUUUCUCUCCGGUGCCCGGUUCGAUUGUAUACCUGUCUUCCUUUGGUGUUCCCAAAAGUAGUGCCAUUAGAUCUAUCUUCAGCUGUGUUCCGUGAUGGCCAUUCGCAAAAUCGGAGUGAGUUUCAUCGUCUUGGUGAUCGUUUCGAUUCGAUGCGGCCAUUCUGCAUUUACUCCAGCUGAUAGCUAUCUGAUUGACUGCGGUUCUUUGACCAAUACCACCAUUGGCGACAGAGUUUUCGUGGCUGAUGUAUCCCUUUCGUCGACCUUGACACCCGCCUCAAACAACUUGGCCAACACCUCAUCGAGCUCGGUCCCUUCCUCCUACGGCACGGCCCUCUUCCAGAACGCUCGGGUGUUCACCGUGCCCUCGUCCUACUCUUUCCAAAUCAAGGCGCCAGGCAGGCACUUCGUCCGCCUGUAUUUCUUCCCGUUCGUGUAUGGAAGUUACGACCUCACUGCUGCAAACUUCAGUGUGUCAACCCAAGACGUUGUCCUUCUCCGAGACUUCCAGCCUCAGGCAAAGUCCGCCAUUGUUAAGGAAUUCUCGUUGACCAUAACUCUCGACACCCUCAUCCUUACUUUUGUACCAUCGGGAAGCACUUCCCUCGCCUUUGUAAGUGCUAUCGAAGUUGUAUCGGUUCCCGAUGAGCUGAUUGUAGAUACUGCAAAGAUUGUUAAUCCUCAGGGCAAGUACCAGGGUUUGUCAGGACAGUUAUUGGAGACAGUUUAUCGGAUCAACAUGGGCGGGCCGAAAGUUCUCCCAAAUGAUGAUACUCUGUGGAGAACUUGGGACACUGACCAGGAAUUUCUGCUUGACAGUAAGCUUUCCCAAUCGGUUAACUUCAGUGGAAACAUCAAUCAUAUGCCAGGGGGAGCCACUGAGGAGACUGCCCCUGAUAUUGUGUAUUCUACGGCAACGGAAUUGGCUGCCUCCUCAAAUACUUCUAAUGCCCGCUUUAAUGUGACAUGGCAGUUCAAUGUGGAUGCAAACUCGGAUUACUUGAUAAGGGUUCAUUUGUGUGAUAUAGUCAGUAAGGCGGCUGGUGACCUCUUGUUUGAUGUUUAUAUUAAUACUUGGCUUGCAGCUGGUGAUCUUGAUCUUUCUUCUAUGACAUUACAGAGUUUGGCUACACCUGUUUUUAUCGAUUAUGUUUUAGAGGCUGAUCAUGCAUCUGACAGGCUUAGUGUCAGCAUUGGUCCUUCAACCUUACUUGAUGUUUUGCCAAAUGGCAUUAUGAACGGCCUCGAAAUCAUGAAGAUUAAUGGCUCUGCGGGUUCUGCAACUGUUAUCACACCACUGGGUUCGAAGAAAAACUUUGUCAUCAUAUUGGUCCCGAUCGUUGGGGCAAUUGUGGUUGCCGUUGUUGCUAUAAUUCUUUGCUUGGUCCUCAGGAAAAGGAAGCUUGCCAAACAAUAUUCUAAAACCUGGGUGCCUUUCUCCAUUAAUGGAUUGACGUCACAUAGCACGGGAAGUCGAACUUCCAAUGGAACUGCAUUUACGAUUGGGCAGAAUGGAAACCUCAGUUAUCGUUUACCUUUCGUUGUGCUGCAAGAAGCGACUAACAACUUUGAUGAAAAUUGGGUGAUUGGGGUAGGAGGUUUUGGGAAGGUCUACAAAGGAGUGCUGAGAGAUGAAACAAAAGUAGCGGUGAAGAGGGGUAACCCAAAAUCUCAACAAGGCCUUAAUGAGUUCCAUACUGAAAUCGAAUUGUUGUCACGGCUGCGCCACCGCCAUCUAGUUUCUCUUAUCGGCUACUGUGAUGAGAAGAACGAGAUGAUUCUUGUUUACGAAUACAUGGAAAAGGGCACUCUAAAGAGCCAUCUUUAUGGUUCAAACCUUCCUUCUCUUGGUUGGAAACAGAGAUUGGAAAUUUGUAUUGGAUCAGCCAGAGGACUGCACUAUCUUCAUACUGGUCAGGCAAAGGCUGUCAUCCACCGUGAUGUCAAAUCUGCAAAUAUUCUACUCAAUGAGAAUCUCUUGGCGAAGGUUGCCGACUUUGGGCUCUCAAAAACAGGGCCUGAGUUGGAUCAGACUCAUGUCAGUACUGCAGUAAAAGGGAGCUUCGGAUAUCUUGAUCCCGAGUAUUUCCGGAGACAACAGUUGACAGAGAAGUCGGACGUGUACUCGUUUGGGGUUGUUUUGCUUGAAGUGCUGUGUGCAAGACCAGUCAUUGAUCCAACACUACCAAGAGAGAUGGUGAACUUAGCGGAGUGGGGAAUGAAGUGGCAAAAGAGGGGAGAAUUGGAGCAGAUUGUUGAUUCUCGGAUUGCAGAAUCGAUUAGGCCUGACUCACUGAGGAAGUUUGGGGAAACGAUCGAGAAAUGCCUAGCAGAUUCCGGUGUCGAGCGCCCCUCGAUGGGGGAUGUCCUUUGGAACUUGGAGUAUGUGCUGCAGCUUCAGGAAGCGGAUUCCUCCAGCAUGUCCGAGGUCGACAGCAUCAAUCGCAUCACUGAAAUCUCACCGCUGGUUCAAAACAUCAGCACAUCUGACACUACACCUGUGAGGGAAGUCGGGACAUCAGUGCUUAAUGAUCUUUCAGACGUCUCCAUGAGUAAAGUUUUCUCGCAGUUGAUCAAGUCGGAGGGGAGGUAAGUUUUACUAAUAUGCUAUGAUACUGCUUAAAUUGUAGACCUACGAGUGUUGCGUGUUUAGUACGUUUUUGCAGUGCUUAAUCCGAGGGGACCUGUCUUGCAUCCUUGGUUUUUUCUUCUUUCUCCCUUAUUUUUCUUGAUGUUAUAUUCGCAUAACAAACCAUAUGCCAAUGUAAUUACAAUCUAGCUUUGUUGUAUGAACUGCUCAGCAUCUUCUGUGUGAGACGUCUGCAAGGAUGACAAUGGAGCUGUAUUAUAUCCUUAUAUGAAUCAUGUUUGAUGUGCAAGUA